AUGCAGCGUAGCCUUCUGAAUGAGUUCUUGGUGGCUUGGAAUAUACCGCCGCUUCAAAGAAAAUGGUUGGACUUUAGCAGUUGCAGUGAAUCCACUAAACAAAGGUAUACAAGAAGAUCAAGCGACAUCGUAGCUGCAGUGCUAAAAACAAUUUCUCCCGAAGAUGCUGGCCUUAUUUGGAGAGCCAUCACAUCAACAGCUUCCAUGAACAAGUUGCUUGGUAUUGAAGAUAUCUCACAAGCAGAUCAGCGUUACCUAGAAGCCCUAACAGAAGCGUAUAAUAACGCCGAUAGCUGGGAUACCCGCCGACAAAUCCUUUCUGUAAUGACUGGUGUUGCUGGUUUUAAAAUUUUAGCCACCUUCAUUCCAGGGCUAACAAGGUACCGGUACUCUAUGGCAAAUCUGCACCGCCUUCAGUUUGGUCGAGGCGCACCUGUACCUCCUCGGGUGUCAACAAGAAUAAAAGUAGAUCUAAAACAGUUACAUCAUUUUCUGUGCUUUAUCACAAGCCCACACUUAGUACAAGAUCUCCCGUUCGGACAGAAACAGUUGACUCUUUCGACGGGUGAAGUCAUUAAAGUCCCCAACGUGAUAAGAACCAUGAUACCUCAACGAAUCGUGCGUCAAUAUACUCAGUACUGUGAAGAGACUGGCUUUAAGCCUUUUAGUCAAAGCACGAUGUUGCGCAUUUUGUCUCAAUGCAGUGCGUCAGUAAGAAAGUCUCUUCAGGGACUCGAUUACUAUGCCGCGGAUGGUACACGAGCAUUUGAUGACCUGAUAUCACUGGUGCGUAAAAUAAAUGAAGUGGAAAGCGACAUGGAUUGGGAAAGACGAAUGAUCGAGUCGCUCAAAGCUGCUAAGCUUUAUCUAAAAGGAGACUACAAGGUAUGUUUUAAGUAAACAGAAAAAUUUGAUGGUUAAUGCAUUAAUAAAUUUGGAGUAUUGAUAAGUAUAGGUACAUUUCACCUCAGCUCCCGCCUAAUCGUUAGUUACCUAGAAGAUACUAGGAGACAUCACUGUUUACAAACAUUGUAAUUUGUAACGAGUGAAACAAAAUGGUCUUUUGUUACAAGAAACAAAGCGCUUCUACCCUGGGAGAGACUUUUCUUGCCUGGUUUCCGGUUUCUGUAGAGCCGCAUUUUUCUCAAGACUUCGGCCGUUGGCCGACGCCGAGGAUUCCCGCAGGCCCUCCGCGCGCGGAAAAAACCCUGGUACCCAGGGUAAUGCACUUCUUGUUGGCACAUUAAUUAUAUCAAUAGGUGAGGUAAGCUUGAGUAUCGCUAUAUCCUCAUCCCAUGUGGGAAAGCGUUUGUGUGAAAAGCGUAUAACUUGGGUAGCAAGCACAUACAGGCGCAAAAAAUAUGAACCGCUGUUGUGGAGUGUAGGUGAUCGCCCGAAAUAAGUUGAUUAAAUGAGGCUUAUUGCUUUUGCAAUGAAUUGAUUUGCUUGCAGGUGCAUUUGGAGAAGGAAGCUAGCAUACCAGAUCACUGUGUAGCGUUUUCAUUGAGCGAUGCUAGCGAUCCAGACUACCAGGUGCAGUGCCAACACAAUCACGAAGAUAUCUGUGAGCAGUGUGAAGCGCUAAACGAAAUUUUAAGGGAAAUUGACAGUCGCAUUAACUGUUGCCAUUUUUCGUCUGAUGACGAGCGUGAAGAAGCGACUUACAUUAUGCAGUCAUCGAAGCUUGCCAUCCGUUCAUGGCAGUGCCACAUAUUACGAUCAUUUAACCAAGACCAACCGCGACUGGACUUUCUUGACCUUCUUGACAAUGAGACAGUACUCAUUGUCAACGACUGGGCAAUGAAGUUUCUUCCACAGAGGUACCGAGAAUCGCAGUCUGACUGGUUCGGGAAGCGUGGCAUAUCUUGGGACAUUUCCGUGGUCUAUAGAAGAUCUGACAGUCAGUUACAGUGGCAAGGAUAUGUUCACAUCAUCCAGUCAUGCAGUCAGGACAGUACCUCUGUGAUAUCAAUCAUGCAGGAUGUGCUUCGCUCUGUCAAAUCCGAGUAUCCAAACGUAACGAAGGCCUAUUUUCGGCAGGACAACGUUGGAUGCUAUCACUCGUCCGCAACGAUCCUUGCGUGCCCUGUAGUUUCGAGUUCUACAGGAGUCCAGAUUAGACGCAUUGAUUUCAGUGAUCCACAAGGCGGUAAGGGAGCUGCAGAUCGCCUUGCGGCCACAUGUAAGGCUCACGUGCGCAUUUUCAUCAAUGAAGGCCAUGAUGUCACGAAUGCCACUCAAUUAAAAGACGCUCUUGUCUCACAUGGAGGAAUUGAUGGCGUCCGCGAAGCGUGUCUGGAUGCAAUCACAACGGCAUCACCAAUCAGCGAACCAGCGAAGAUCCACAAUGUCAGUAAACUCAACAACUUUGAGUUUACAGAAGGUGGUAUCAAAGCAUGGAGGGCAUAUGACAUUGGCAGAGGAAAAGAAAUCAAUGUUUUUGUUGUUUGUAUUUGGGACCCUCGACUAUUUUAAAUUUUCAUUAAAAAAACUUAAGGAUAACUAAGAAACCCCUCCGUAACCGGGAAGAUCAACUCAAAAGCAAUAAGAGCAAUGGAAAAAAUAAUAGCAAUAUAGCAAUACAUGCAAAGCUCCUAAAACUGAAACACAAUAAAAUAAUAUCUAUCUCUACACUGAAUUUAUUUGUUUACCCAGUGUCGUUUUGACACUUAUAAAUUUCCCUAUUUACAGAA